UAGAGCUUCGGAAAUGGCUCUACAAAUUAUAAACCUGAUCUUAGAAGGCUAAAAGUUCUGUGCAGGACAGCUGGAAUUAGUUAAGUACUGGGACCACUGCUGAUUUGGCUGCAUCCUCCAACAUGACCAAUCCUCAGCCUACAAUAGAAGGUGGUGUUUCAGAAGUUGAGAUAAUUUCACAACAAGUUGAAGAAGAGACCAAAAGCAUUGCUCCUGUACAGCUUGUUAAUUUUGCUUAUCGAGAUCUACCCUUAGCUGCACUUGAUCUGUCUGUGGCAGGCUCCCAGCUUUUGUCAAAUUUGGAUGAGGAGUACCAAAGAGAAGGAUCUAACUGGCUAAAACCGUGCUGUGGGAGACGAGCAGCUGUGUGGCAGGUAUUUUUGCUCAGUGCAAGUCUCAACAGUUUCCUGGUAGCCUGUGUAGUAUUGGUGGUGAUUCUUCUGACUCUGGAACUCCUAAUAGAUAUAAAGCUUCUCCAGUUUUCAAGUGCUUCACAGUUUGCAGGAAUAAUUCACUGGAUCAGCCUAGUCAUCCUGUCUGUUUUCUUUUCAGAGACUGUUUUGAGGAUUGUGGUCCUUGGCAUAUGGGAUUAUAUUGAAAACAAAAUAGAGGUGUUUGAUGGUGCUGUCAUAAUCUUGUCCUUGGCACCAAUGGUGGCCUCAACAGUGGCCAAUGGCCCCAGCAGCCCAUGGGAUGCUAUCAGCCUUAUUAUCACACUACGAAUAUGGAGAGUGAAGAGGAUCAUUGAUGCCUAUGUCCUUCCAGUGAAAGUGGAGAUGGAGAUGAUGAUUCAGCAAUAUGAGAAGGCAAAGGUUAUUCAAGAUGAGCAGCUGGAAAGACUAACCCAGAUCUGCCAAGAACAAGGGUUUGAAAUCCGACAGCUGCGGGCUCACCUUGCCCAGCAAGACCUGGACCUGGCUGCAGAGCGAGAGGCUGCGCUGCAAGUCCCCCAUCUUCUGAACAAGCAGAGCAGCAACAGAUACAAGGUAGUGGCGACUGAAGAUUCGGAUGAUGAAGCCACCGAGAACAUCACUGAGUUACGACCGCCACGAGAGGAUGACAUGAAUAAUUACAUCAGUCGCUACUACCAUGAACCCAGCAGUGACAGCGGCGUUCCCGAAGCAGCCCUCUGCGUGGUCACCACAGCCGCGAUCGACGUCCACCGCCCCAACAUCUCCUCCGACCUCUUCACGGUGGAGGUGCCCGUGAGGCUGGGCAGCACCGGCACCUCCGCCAGCAUCACGUCGGGCAGCGUCUCCCGCUCGACGGGCAGCUCGGGCCCGCGGGCCCCCAGCGAGAGCAGCCAGACGGUGGGUUCCUCCCCGGACUGCAGCACGGCCUGCGAGGAGGCCCCGCAGGGCGACCCCGCGCCCGUGCGGCAGCGGGUGGCCUGCGCCGUGGUGCAGGAGCUGCUCUCGUCCCUCACGGAGGACGCUAGCUUGGCGCAGAAGGGGCUGGAUCCCGUCAACCUGAAGCUGCCCAGCCCGGCAGGCUCAACCGGGGCUAGCCCCAACCUUGGCCACCGGCUCAGUGUGCUCAACCGCAGGAACCAGGAGAGCCUGGACGUCUUCCAGCUCAAGCCUCUCAUCGAGCGGCCCCAGGGUGCGCCCGUCAUCGAUGACAAGUUUGGGGCGCUGGGGGCACCGGAGCGGCGGCUGGGCAGGGUGCCCGAGGCGUAG